AUGAGCGUCUCGGCCUCGGAACGUCGUCCCCCGGACCGGGGGCGCGUCUCCCUCCCCAUCCAGAAGGAUGGCCGCGGCUUCCCCUCGCCCGGCCGGAGAAACCCGUCCUGGCCCCAGACCCCGGACGACGAUCCCAGUUUGCCCCCCUUUCCUCUGGAAGAGCCCGGCCCCAGGUCCGUGGCCCCGGGGGACCUUCCCUCUCCCACCUUGUCCCUGGAGGAGGAGGAGGAGGAGGAGGAAGACGACGAGGAAGGCGCGGCGGAGCCCGAGGGGCUGCGCAGCGAGGAGCAUCCCCGACAGUUUUUCGCGGAGGCGCAGCGGCUGCGGGAGCAGAGGCUGCUGCUGGAUGAAGAGGUGUCCGUGGAGGGGCGAGUGUACGGGGCGCAUCGGGUGAUCUUGGCCGCAGUUAGCAGCCUUUUUCGAGGCAGGCUGCGGGACGGCCUUGGUCCGCGACCCCCCUUCAGCCUCGACGUGGCCCCCAAGGCCUGGGAGGCCGUGCUGACCUUUGCCUAUGAGGGGGUGCUCAGUCCCGCCCCGCUGGGGCACGUGCUGGCGGCAGCCAAGGCCCUGGGAGCACCCCGUGUGGAGGCCGCGGCCAGGCGGCAACCCAAGAAGGCUGGAGGCGCCCGGGACGAAGAAAAGCCGCCCGGCCAGGCGGAGGAGCUGAGGGAGAGCCUGCGCGGCAUUGAGCUCUUAUACCAAGAGGGCGUCGGGUGCGACCUGGAGCUGGAGGCAGGCGGCUGCAGGCUGAGGGUGCACCGAGCAGCCCUGGCCUGUGGCAGCGAGUUCUUUGGGGCCAUGCUCCUGAGUGGGAUGAAGGAAUCCCAGGGCACACAGGUGUCUCUGCGCACCAUCUCCGCCCAGGACCUGCGACUCCUCGUCUCUUUUGCCUACUCUGGGGUUGUGCGGGCAAGAUGGCCAGGACUGCUGAGAGCUGCCCAGGCGGCCCUGCAGUACCAGAGCUCUUCCUGCCUAGCUCUGUGCGAGACAGCCUUGGCACGGGGCCUCAGCCCUGCCCGUUGCCUGGCCCUCUUCCCCAUGGCGGAAGUCCCUGGGUUGGAGAGGCUCUGGAGCAAAGCCCGUAAUUACCUCCUCACCCACCUGCCCGCUGUGACCUUGUGCCCUACUUUCCCUUCUUUGCCGGCUGCCUGCCUGGCUCAACUCCUGGAAAACGAUGAACUACACAUGCAGGAGGAGUUUGAGGCUUUUGCAGCCGCACGAUGUUGGCUUGCAGCCAACCCUGAGACCCAGGAGUCCGAGGCCAAGGCCCUGCUUCGAUGUGUCCGCUUUGGCCGUAUGUCCACCAAGGAGCUUCGGAGAGUACGGGCAGCUGGGCUGCCUCCACCCCUGCCCCCAGACUUGCUGCUUCAACUGAUAGUGGAGUCUGAGAUUCCAGGUCGAGAGAGGCGGAGGGAGCCUGACCAGGCUUUGGUGGUGAUUGGCGGGGACGGGCUCAGAUCAGACAUGGCCAUAAAAGAGCCGUCCCGAGGAGUGUGGUGGGCCCGGGCCUUCCGCUGCGGCACGGGACUGGUCCGAACUGUGGAGUGGGGCCGGCUGCCGGCCCUGCCUGCCCCAGGACGCUUCCGGCAUGGGGCUGUGAGCCUGGCAGGAAGUGAAAUCUACGUGUGUGGGGGACAGGAUUACUACAGCCACUCCAACACCUUGGCUUCCACUCUCAGGUGGGACCCCAGUCAAGAGGACUGGAAGGAGAUGGCACCUUUGUGCCAGGCUCGGAGUUUUUUCCCUCUGGUGGUACUGGAUGGACUACUUUAUGCCCUGGGUGGACGAGCCAAUGGUGUUGCCCUAAACUCUGUGGAGACCUAUGACCCCGAGCUCAACGUCUGGAGGCCAGCACCUGCACUUCCAGCACCACGCUUUGCCCAUGCAGCUGCUCUUUUGGAGGGCCGAUUGUACAUCAGCGGGGGCUGCAAUGGGACUAGCCAAUUCCUGACCUCAUUACUGCACUAUGACCCUAAACUCAAGAAACCAGGGACACUUCUGAGCCCUAUGGGGGUAGCUCGAGCUGGCCAUGUCAUGGCUGCUCUGGGUGGGCGGUUGUAUGUAGCAGGUGGGUUAGGUGAGACUGGGGACCUGCUGAGCUUUGAAGCCUAUGAUCCAAAGACUGAUAGCUGGACUCACCUGGUACCUCUGCCCUCCCCCCACGUGGGAGCUGCAGGAGCUGUGCUGCAGGGAGAGUUCCUGGUGCUGGGGGGCUACAGCCACCUUACUUACGCCCUCUCCCACCUUAUCCAUGCUUACUCUCCUGGCCUGGGCCGAUGGCUCUGCCUGGGAACUCUGCCAAGGCCUCGGGCUGAGAUGCCUGCCUGCAUCCUGACUCGGCCCACAGUGCAGCACAUAGGUUUGGGUCCCACAGGGCACCAAACCAAACCUGCCAGGUGAGCAUGGA